GCUGCGUGCUGCACACCGUGUUUAACGGGAGACAUAAGCAAGACAGAGAGGGCACAGAGGCGAACGAACCUAUAGGAGCGGAUCUGCGCCUGAACUGUGCAGACUGUGGAUUUAAGGAGAGGAAAGGCGGACAAGUUGAAGCUGCUGAGACGGGGAGCCGCUCCAGACUGCUGUCCAGUUAACAAGGUCAGAGGUCAGUAAAGGCAGUGGUACCAGUGGGUGGAGAUGAUGUCCAUGCAAAUGAGUGAGGCGGACAGUGUGGUGAAGGUGGCUGAAUGGCAGCAGACCUACUACGCCUCAGACUCUGGAAUCCAAUCAGGGGCCACCACAGUCCUGGACGACGAGAGCAGCACUGAGUACAGCGGCCGUAAGAAAUACAGUGGUUGUACUUCAACCAGUACUACCACUGCUCCUAACACUUCCACCAGUGGGGGAGGGGGAGACGCGGCAGCUGGUGGACUAGAGAGUCCCUCAGAUUUAGAUGCUCAGUACUCUCUAACCCGGGCUCAGCGUGUCAGGGCUGCCAUGUUCCCAGAGACCCUGGUGGAGGGAGAGGCAGCCAUGCCCGUUCAAUCAGAUCCAUCACAGCAGAGCAACGUGCAGCGUCUGGCUGAACCCUCCCAGCUUCUAAAGACGGCUAUAGUCCACCUGAUAAACUACCAGGACGACGCCGAGCUGGCCACAAGGGCGGUACCAGAGCUAACCAAGCUGCUGGCGGAUGAUGAUCCGGUUGUGGUGAACAAGGCGGCCAUGAUAGUCAACCAGCUGACCCGUAAGGAGGCCAGUCGUCGAGUACUGGUGCAGUCUCCGGCCAUGGUGGGUGCCGUGGUGCGCGCCAUGACGACAGCGGUUGACAUGGAGACAGCCCGUUGUGCAGCCAGCGUGCUGCACAGCCUGUCGCAUCAGAGGGAAGGACUGCUAGCCAUUUUCAAGUCUGGAGGGAUACCAGCACUUGUCCGCAUGCUAAGUUCACCGGUGGAAUCAGUCUUAUUUUAUGCCAUCACCACCCUCCACAACCUGCUGCUGCAUCAAGAGGGGGCCAAGAUGGCGGUGCGUCUUGCUGAUGGCCUGCAAAGGAUGGUUCCCUUACUGAAAAAGAGUAACCCCAAGUUCCUGGCCAUCACCACCGAUUGUCUGCAGCUCCUGUCCUAUGGCAACCAGGAGAGCAAGCUGAUCAUUCUUGCCAAUGGGGGCCCAGAGGGUCUGGUGUUCAUCAUGAGGAACUACAACUAUGAGAAGCUGCUGUGGACCACUAGUCGUGUUCUUAAAGUGCUGUCUGUCUGUCCCAGCAACAAGCCAGCGAUUGUCGAGGCUGGUGGUAUGCAGGCUUUGGGCCAACAUCUUACAGGUUCCAGUCAGCGUCUGAUUCAGAACUGUCUGUGGACGCUACGCAAUCUGUCAGAUGCUGCAACCAAACAGGAGGGAUUAGAUGGUCUGCUGCAGAUAUUGGUCACCCAGCUGGGCUCAGAUGAUGUCAACAUGUUGACAUGCGCAACUGGUAUCCUGUCCAACCUCACCUGUAAUAACUCACGCAACAAGACUCUGGUGACUCAGUAUGGCGGUGUGGAGGCGCUGAUCCACGCUGUGCUUCGUGCAGGGGAGAAGGAGGAUGUUGCUGAGCCCGCAGUCUGCGCCCUGCGUCACCUCACCUCUCGCCACCAGGACGCUGAGCUGGCCCAGAAUGCCGUGCGGCUGCACUAUGGUAUCCCAGCUGUCGUCAAGUUGCUGGGGCAGCCACACUACUGGCCUGUAGUAAAGGCUACAGUUGGUCUGAUCCGGAACCUGGCACUGUGCCCAGCCAAUCAGGCGCCACUGAGGGAGGCAGGUGCUAUUCCACGAUUGGUCAACCUGCUGCUGAAGGCUCAUCAGGACACACAAAGACAUGCCUCCUCUGCACAGCAGACGUACCAGGAUGGUGUUCGUAUGGAGGAAAUAGUAGAGGGCUGCACAGGAGCGCUCCACAUUCUGGCCAGAGACCCUAUAAACAGAGGAGAGAUUGCCAGCAUGCAGACAAUACCACUGUUUGUACAGCUGCUGUACUCGUAUGUGGAGAAUGUGAAGCGAGUAUCGGCAGGCGUCCUGUGUGAGCUGGCCCUGGAUAAACAGUCUGCAGAGCUCAUCGAUGCAGAGGGAGCAUCAGCACCGCUCAUGGAGCUGCUGCACUCCAACAAUGAGGGAAUCGCCACCUAUGCUGCAGCAGUGUUGUUCCGAAUUUCAGAGGACAAGAGUUCAGACUACAGGAAGAGAGUGUCAGUGGAGCUCACACACUCCCUCUUCAAACAUGACCCUGCCGCCUGGGAAAUGGCCCAUACUGCAGUUCCUUUGGAGCCCACAUACCUAGCAGAUGAGUUAGAUGGCUCUUACCCUCCCUAUGGUUAUGCUGAUCUGCCUCUGGACAGCCUGCCGCUAGACCCGGACCUCCAUGAGCCCUACAUCCCCGACAUGACCUACGACCCAAGACAGGCCUACCCUGAACCUCUCUAACAGGAGAAUAAAACAGAAAUGCUGAAAGAAAACGAGCGAAUGAGCAAAUCACAGGAAGAAAGACUGGGGGAAUGGAUGGGGGAAGAAGGAGAUUGGAGUUUUUAAUCACAAAGGGAAUCAGCCCUUCCCAACGGAUGGAGAAAAAAAAAUCUCAUCUGGCAAUCAAGAACUACCAAAAGAGGUUGCUUAUUAAUAAAGAGAUUUAUUGUUUCUGUAAAUGAAAAUGUAACUUUGUUAUAAUGUUUUACUGUGGGGUGGAAGUGGGGGGGGGGGUGUCUGAAGUUUUGAGGCAUUGUUACACGGGUAACUUUUUGAAGCAAUCAAAUUGGGCAAGAAUGCAUUAUAUUAACUGUUUGGAAUGUGCAGGGUGAGCCAAACUCAGCUGAUAAUCCUUACCAAAUGUUUUAGCUUUCAUCUGUUAAGAUUUACUGGUUAGAGAGAAUUUGAUUUUACUGAAAUGUUGCAACAUCAAUUUUAAAGUGUGAUUUCAGUAAUCUAAUGCCUGUCUUAAUAUGUCUUAUGUGAUAUACAGAGAUUUUUUUCCCACAUACGGAUACCUCAUGGGAAACACCCAUAUAAGUCAGUAAGAAGUUCCAUUGCAUUAAAGUUAACCCCAGUUUAACCAAAUGUUUUAAUGACACGAUAAAAACCCUUACUUAAAAAAAACUAUUAAAAACCCUAAGGAUUUGCCUGCAAAACAGGCAGCAUUUAUCAGGAAUAGACUUUGUCCUGAUCACCAUUGCUACCAAAUGCUACCCGUGUAUCCCAGCCUUUAGCUGCUGUCUUUUAGAUGUCUCCUCUGUGUAUUUGAACAGUGCACAUGUCCCAGGGUGUCCAUGUGUGGUUGUUGCAUGGUAGUAUUGUGUACUCAUUGAAAUAUUCUUCACCUUUACACACUGAGAGAAAAAACGAAAGACAUCUGGGUUUUACAAGCCAUUUUGGAUUACACCAACCAUUUGGAAAGUCUAAGUGAGGAACUGGACUACAAAUCCCACCAUGUUCCAGCCUCACUUUCACCAAGCGGAUAUUCUGUUCAAAUGUCCAUAGGAUAUGGACUACAAAUUUCUUUGGCAUCUUUGGCAUCAGACCACAAAUCCCAUCACCUUCCAGUCACAGCCAUUUGGAGCCACACCUUUCUGGUGGGAAUGGACCACAGCUCUUUGAUCAGCUUGUGCACACCAUCGUGGGGGACAUGAAGUAUACUGCAGAGUAAAUUUACAACAGUACUUGCACCAUGAUUACACAUACACUAAUGGCAAAUGACUUUUGUACUAUAGGAUGCGUGGAUCAAAGAAAUUGGUCAAUAACUGUAUGUCACUAUUAAGAGAGUGGUGGGGGCUCCAAGCUCUAAUUAUGAUAUUAUAAUAUGUGCUGCUGAUCACAGCAUAAAAGAUUCAGUCUCUGAUUGGUGUACAGCACAGUUUCUACCUAACCAUCACUUCAUAGUACCAAAUACAUCGUCUGCAUUUAAGUAGCUGCAGCUGGAGUGUGGACAUCGUGGACAGUUGGGGGAAAAAUGCUCUGUGCACCAGAGGCUGCUAACAGUGCUUGUACACUACACAGCUGCUGUUUUUGGUUGCCAUACCAACAUAAGCAGCCUUAGCCUGCAACGUUAAGAAAGCACAACUACAAUGACUUAUCAAUUGCUGAGGCAAUCUACCACAGCUAUACUGUUCCUGAAUCUGAACAUCAUUAAAUUUUGUUAUUUUC